AUGAAUCGAAUGAUGAUCCAUUUGAUGCUUUUUGCUAUUUAUGCUAACACUGGGAUUGCUCAAGUCCCAUUCAUCCCACCAACGGGAAGCAAUUGCAAUAAUGUGCAGUGUGGAAUGAAUGAAAUGUGUAAUUCGUGUGGAAAUAAAUGUGAACAACAAUGUGGAAAACCGAUGAUGGCUUGCUCAACGAUUUGUCCUCAAGUGUCAUUUGGAGUGUGUCAAUGUAAGAUUGGAUUCUCAAGAAAUAGCCAAGGACAAUGUGUGAAAGUGUGCACAGCAACUGGAGUGACACGUCAAAUGGGAAAUGGUUGUGCAAAUGUGCGUUGUGGCGCCAACGAAACAUGCAAUGCGUGUGGGAGGAAAUGCGAAUUGAAAUGUGGGCAGACAAUUUUGAUGUGCCCAAAGAUUGCAUGUCUUUCCGGAGCGAAAGGCGUAUGCCAGUGCAAAACCGGAUUCUACAGAAAUCCACAAGGGAAAUGUGUUAGCAAGCAAGCAUGUCCUGCCGCAUCAGUCAACUCAACGAUUAGUUGCGGGAGUGUUCGCUGUAAAACGAACGAGAUUUGUAACACGUGUGGAAAUAAGUGUGAACAACAUUGUGGACAGCCGAUGCCUAUGUGCCCUGACUUUUGUCGUGAAAAUGCCCCUGUUUGCCAGUGUAGAGGCGGAUUCUAUAGAAACAAUCAAGGACAAUGUGUGAAUAAAGCUGGCUGUCAAAAUGGGAUAAAUUGUGUACAACGUGCCAGUAGAAGCAGCAGCAGCAGCAGUAGUCAAGGAAGUUUCGACGGGAAUUUCGAAUUCGAUCAA